AUGAACGAAUUCAGUGUAGAACAACUUUUGGCUCUCAACAGUAUCAUAGACAGUGAUGAGGAUGUGGAUACAAGAGUAGAAGACAUCUUGGAGGAUAGAAACUACAGGAUUGCUCCUGAUGACAAGGGUGAGAGUCCAUUCCAGGGAGAAAGACAAUUCGUAGAUGAAGUUGACCGUGAUAUGGAAACAAAGAAACCAAGACGUAUUCCUAAAAACUAUAAGGGUAGAAGAGGAAUUAUGCCAACAUGGAAGUAGUCCGACAGACAAAAGGCUAAGGCGCUACUUGUAGAGGAGGCAUACCAGAGUUUACUAUCUAAGGGAGUCCAAGGACUGCCACCAACAAUGGGAGGUAGAUGGCGCACAGAUGAUCCCCAAGUAAAUGAGGAAAUUAAGAGGAUUGAAAACGAAAGGAAUCCUAAGAUAAAGCGUCCUGGAGGUAGACCACCAAAGGUAAAGAGCGACGCUGAAGUGAAGGUUCCUAAAAAGAGAGGUAGACCACCAAAGGUAAAGGUUGACGCUGAAGUGAAGGUUCCUAAAGAGAGAGGUAGACCACCAAAGGUAAAGGCUAAUGUUAAGGUCAGGAAGCAAACUGUAGCUGAAAGAUUCCUGAAUCAAAGGAAGGUAAAACUCUCUGUACCUCCCGAUAGUGUCAUAACCCCAACAGGUCCUGGUAAGUUUACAAUUCACGUGGAUCUUAAUAAGAGACCAGUGAGGAAAGCUCCUGAGGUACCUAAGGGUGUAGCUCCAUGGAGACCUAUACCUAAGCCUAGAACGGUACUUCCUAGGGAAAGACCUAUACCUAAGCCUAGAACGGUACUUCCUAAGGAAAGACCUAUACCUAAGCCUAGAACUCGAGAAGUAGUGUCUCCCCAAAAGGUACGCAAGCCUGUAAAGGUGUCAAGGGAAGUUAAGGAGCAACCUGCAGUGGUUACACCAGAGGAACAGGAAAUAGAUCCAUUCGGAACAUACCUAGAAAAGCCCUUCCAUAGGAAAAUCGAAACAGCCGCAAAUGGAGCCUCUGUGACUUACUCGAUAACCCCUCACUAUAUGGACCCUCUGGACCAGAUGACUGCAAGUAGACAGGUAGUGAGAGGAAUACUUGUGAACGAGUUAAAGAGAAUGGGUGGGUUGAAGUACACAGAGACUCUGAAGGUGAGAAUGUCAAAGGAAACUGGUGAUGGGAAAACCAAAAAGGACUCAGUCUACUUCAAAUCUAAGACUGGUACUGCAACUAACUUCAAGGAUAUUGAAAGUACAGCUGCUCAAAACCAACUGACAAUAUUGUCUUGA